CUGUGGGUCGGGGUAACCUCAGGCUCUGCUGUGGGGUCUUGGGUGUGGCUGUCCCCCCAAGGGGGUGGAACACUGGCCUGAGCGCUGCUCCCUUUCCACUGGACUUUCUCCCUUAAGCAAGUGAGGUUUGGUUUUUUAAAUAGGCAGAAACGCAAGCCCUGUGACGGCUAACGCUUUCAGGGCUGUGGGGCCAAGCACACCUCUGGGUCUGCCUCCUAGUCCAGCAGCCGGGCUCCCGGAAUAGUCCUAGACCUGUCACCUCACACGCACAGUCUCUUGGUUUUGCACAAACACCAGCUAACCGCAGAUGAGCUCCGACCCCACUCUGCCGCCCCCCGAGCAGGACGUCCCCCCCUCGGUGCGUUCAGAGCGCCUGCCGGUUCCCGGCGCAUCCGCAGGAGCCGGCGUGCGCCUUCCAGGCUCCUCCUGGUUUCUUAUUUUCACAAACAAAUCUCACGCGGUGGAGGGUGUCUGCGGGACGGGCCCUGGCCUGCACCGUCCCUCACGUCCAUGCAGACCGGUCACGGCUGGGUGACCAGCCUCGCCCCCAUGUCUGCCGGGCCUGCGUGUGUUUCUGCGUUUUGGUCUCCUUCAGUGUCAACGGUGAGGCGUGAAGCUGGCCUUUCUGCUUGUUCUUCUCACUGGCGAGUGAGGCGGACAGUCACAUGCUUAGAACCUUGUGUUCUUUCCCCGCAAGGGACCCGUGUCUGGCUCCGCCGGUUUCUCUCGGUUUGCAGGAGUUCUGGAUUCGCCGUCUGUCCUAAAAGUAGCGCGGCCCUCCCUCGGCUCCUCACGCAUCUUUCGUGCUGCUGGUAGCGUCACGUCACGUGUCCCGCAGGAGAGCGGACUCUCUGACUGUGGGCCUGGCUGGGGUCUGAGCGCCGAGCUGCCCGCGGCCCCGAGCCAGGUGUCCGCGUGCUCCGCCCCUGUCGCAGGCAGGCUCCGAGCACACGGUCCCGCCGCGGGGUGGGCCCUUCCUGCAUUUCACGUGGGACCUGCCCCCUCUGGGGUUGCCCAGAAGUCAGGAGCACCCGGUGCUGCUCAUGGGGCCCGGCUGGCCUGGCUGGACGCGCCCCUGCGUCCGGACACCCACCCAUCCACCCGCCGGUCACAGGCCCGAGUCCCGGCCCGGACGAGCAGAGGAAAUGAUCGAUUUAACGCAGGAAGAGGAGGGGAAAGUGGUGCCGCCAUUCAGGCCCCUGCUCCGCUCUGACCCAGGGCAGCCCCACACAGGUACAGAGCAGACCGGCCUCUCUGAUUUGGGUUAGAAGCACCUCUUGACUCAGGGUGGCCAGAACCCUGCCCGUGCUUCGUGGGCAAACCGGAGCAGGCCCCUCCCUCGGCCUCCCUGGGGUCGGCUUGUGACCUUGUUCUCUCCAAGGGCCUGGUGACCUCACUGGGGCCUGAGGCAGACAUUAGGGGGUGGGGUCGUAGCAGUUUAGGUUCGUAUCAUUUCGGUUUUUUGUUUUUAGCAAUUUUUUAAAGGAUGUCAGUUUGCUAAACCGGUUUCUUCUUUUACACCAUGUGGCCUCGUCGCUUAGACUGUUCUAGCUGCUGGGUUUGAGUUGUGCUUUCCAAAGGUCAUACAAAGCUACGUGGUGCUUCACGCCUCCGGACAGCGCCUGCUCCGGACAGCAGCCCCUGUUGUAACGGCGCUCCCGCAGAACCAUCGAGGUCUGGCUCCGAGGGAGGCUGCAGCGGUCCUGGCCCACAUUGUGCCACGAGACAGAUCGUGUGGCCUUAGAGGGGUUCCGAUGGUGUGACCAGCGAGGACUGGCUCUGAAUGAGUUCAAGCUGUCUGCUUGGGGGGCGGGCACGUGCUCCCGCACCGCUGUCUGUGCCGGUCAGUUCUCCGGAGCCUGAGGCACCCCCCCCAUGCAGCGCCACCCUCACGGGGGCCCAGGGCCUGAGGCCCGUGGCUCAGGAAGGAUGCACACCCUGCCCACCCCCUGCCCCCGGAGCCAGACCCCCGGCCUCGGUGCACGCAGGACAGCGCUGGCAACGUCACGCUGUUUUCAUCACUUCUGUCCUGAAAACCCUCUGAUUUGGGGGCCACAAGACAGCGCGGCGCACCUGAGUGCUUGACUGUCGGUUACCGUCCGAUCGACGCCACGGCCUCUCGGUGCUCACCCCGCUGGGCUCCAGGCCCGGGGCUCUCUUCCCAUUACCAUCUCACCUUUGCUGGCAGACAUCAGGGCGCUGGCCCCGUCCCCGUGGCCCCCUGGGCGCCACCUGGAGCCUGUCAUCCAGGUUAGAACGGGUUGUCACCCUCGGACUUUGAGGCUGGGGAUCAGCAGCCGCUGAGAGAGGCUCCCUGUGGGGUCUACGGGCCCGCGACGGGCAGCACGGCCGCCUCAGGAUGAGGGGAGCCCCGUGUCCUCCGGGCAGGGAGCGGGUGCCCUCGGCUACAGAGGUCUGUUCUCAUCCGUACCCGCCGAGGGUGUCAGCUCUUUCUGUCGGAGUUUGCGGGACCCCUGCCGAGGGCCAGAUACCCCGAUGCAGCUCGUCCCCUCCUCCGGUGCCAGAGGUGAAGCCUGGGCAGGACACGGGGUCCAGCCACAGUGGAUUAUUCUGGGCUGGGUGUUCUGCGGGAGCCCAUGGGAGUGCCGCCCGCGGGAGCUGGUCGCGGCCCCUGAACGCGGGGAUCUGAGGUUUUACUGAGAGGGUUGGGCGUUCGAGGCAGAUUCUAGAGUUAACCAGCCCUUAUGCCGAAUGCACGGUUUUGCGCUUCUGAAACAACCAGCUUUUGAACCAAAUACGGCCAGUGGAGACGCAGGCCCUUCCCUGGGGGCCCCCUGGGCUCCUGCUGGGAGUCGGCGGCCGCCCCCGCCCCCACACUACCCCUCCUGCCCUCAGGGCCCCUCAUCUGUGGUGUCGACCUGACCCUCCCUGGCCCUUCUGCGCCCCUGAGUGCACUGUGGGCAGCCAGUCCGGCGGCAUGGGAGACCACAGGGCUGACCCGCUGGCCCCCGGCAGCUGGGGGACGCGUGGUUCCCAGACCCGGUUUCCUCAUUCCUGCGCCCAGUUCCUCCACGCUUACGGGCAGAAGGCAUUUCCCUCGCCCUGCCAAAGCAACCAUGUGGGUGUCACACAGCCCUCGGGGACACUGUGUGUGCUCAGCCCCAGCCGCAGGAGAAGCCGUGGACGGACAUGGUCUGGUUCUUCGAACGCAGGCCGUCAUGCAGGUCCCUGACAUCGGGACCCUCAGUGACAGGUCCCAGAGCCCCGUGGGGCCAAGGGUCAUAGCCCGGCGGAAUGGAGACCACAGGAGCCCCGGGGGGCGGCAGGGCCAGUGAGGCGGAGACCCGGCUCAGCUGGGGAUGUGCGGCCACGGGCCGGGAGCAAGCCCUGGGGCCGCAGUGUGGAGCCCAAACUGGCAUUAGCCUGGCAACGUCGGUCAUUUUAAGAGAGAAGAGAUGAGUCGGUGGCGUGUGCCUGCCUGGCCAGCGGGAUGGACACAGGCCUGAGCGCUGGGCUCUCGGUGGCCCUGUAGGUUCGGGCAGAGAGAAAAGCCGGCUGCUGUCACGUCCUGGGUCACCUGGGAACCCGACGGGCGAGUCACUUCAUAAAUACAACGGGAGCGAUUGUGCCAGACGAGGGGCCCAAGGAGAAGGGGACACGGGGUGAGACUGUCCUGUGGCUGGUCCAGGCCAGGUCAUGGGUGGCAGGCCAGGCAUCACCUGCCCUCCGCAGGUGGGCCCUCGCCGAGUCUGGGGACGGACCUCAGCCAGGCAGCCUGGGAGCCCACAAUCCACCACGCUGCUGGGAAACGUCCUCGUCGCCCUCGGGUGACAAUGACCCAGAGCAGCCGGAUCGGCCACGAUUGUCACUGCCACUGAAGAGCACCUGCCUCGGGGAUUGCGAGGCGGCCCUGGGCCCUCAGGUGCCGCCUUACCCUUCGUGCUGGCCCUCGACUCGGACCCCAGCCACAGCCCCUUGCCGCCCAGGGUCUGGACAGGCAUGUGUAUGCUGGUGCCCAGGACAGAACCGGAGCCUGCGGAGCCCCCAGGAGCUGUUCACGGUCCGCACGGGCCUUGCAGAGAGGCUGCCACAGCUUGUCAAGCAACAGAGGCACGAGCACAUCCACACGAGGGCUGGAGGGACAGCUGGCCGGCUGAUCGGAGCCGCGGUUCUGCCACGUGACGGGCACGGUGGACGAGGCAGAGGACCGUCUGCUGGUGUCAGGCAUCCGCUCCUCUCUGAGGUUCCCCGGAGCCCUGGGGGGUGAGCCCCAGAGAGCCAGGGCCGGCCCUCUCCCGACGACCUGCGGCUCCAGUGCCCACCCUGCCAGCCCGCCUGGGUUCUCUGCCCGAGCGGCUCCAGGACAGAGGCGUCCCUUCCUGCCCAGUCCACCCAGCACAGCUGUAGCCUGAGAGGGUUCUCGGAGCUCUGCUCUCCUGCCGGCACCCUGGAGCUCGCUGCUGCCCGUGGUCAGGCUCUGCAGUCAGGGACCGUCCCUAGGAUCAGGAGCCUCGGCGGCCCACGAGCAGCUCUUCCCGCACCCAGCCCCCGGGAAGGCUCCCUGGGACGGUGUCCACCAUCGUCCCUAAAUUGCCUGGUGAUCAACACUCUGGGCCGGGUAGACAGCCCCCCCGCCCCCGCCGAGCAAGGAGGUCCCAGCCAGCGGGCAGGUGCCCCUCCCUGGAAGGGCCAGGGCAGCCCCCCACGCAGUGAUGCUGUGGCGAUGUCUCUGCAGCAGGGAGACCUGCCUGACCAGUGCUCCCCGAACCCCUGCGACAAGGAGGGGACCCAGGUCUGCCAGGACCUCAUGGGCAACUUCUACUGCCAGUGCCGGGCUGGCUGGGGCGGGCGGCUCUGUGACAGAGAUGUCAACGAGUGCAGCCAGCAGAACGGGGGCUGCGGCCAGAUCUGCUCCAACAAGCCGGGCAGCUUCUACUGCGCCUGCUACAGCGGCUACGCGCUCGCCCCCGACGGCAGGACCUGCCACGACGUGGAUGAGUGUGCGGAGGGGGGCGCCUGCGGGGAGGCCCACUGCAAGAACCUGCCGGGCUCCUACUCCUGCGUGUGCGACGAGGGUUACGUGUUCAGCUCCUCGGACAAGGCCUGCCGAGAUGUGGACGAGUGUGCCGAGGGCCGCUGUGAGCAGGCCUGCGUCAACUCCCCGGGGGGCUACACCUGCCACUGUGACGGACGCGGAGGCCUCAAGCUGUCCCCGGACAUGAACACCUGUGAGGACAUUUUGCCCUGCGUGCCUUUCAAUGUGGCCAAAAGCGUGAAGUCUUUGUACCUGGGCCGCAUGUUCAGUGGGACGCCCGUGAUCAGGCUGCGCUUCAAAAGGCUACAGCCCACCAGGCUGGUCGCCGAAUUCGACUUCAGGACCUUUGACCCUGAAGGCGUCCUUUUCUUCGCUGGAGGCCGUCAGGACAGCGCCUGGAUCGUGCUGGGCCUGCGGGCCGGCCGGCUGGAGCUGCAGCUCCGCUACCAUGGUGUCGGCCGCGUCACCAGCAGUGGGCCUGUCAUCAACCACGGCAUGUGGCAGACGAUCUCUGUAGAGGAGCUGGACCGGAAUCUGGUCGUCAAGGUGAACAAAGAUGCGGUCAUGAAGAUCGCGGUGGCCGGGGAUCUGUUUCAGCUGGACAGGGGGCUGUACCACUUGAACCUGACCGUGGGAGGCAUUCCCUUCAAGGAGAGAGACCUGGUACAGCCUAUAAACCCCCGUCUGGACGGCUGCGUGAGGAGCUGGAACUGGCUCAACGGUGAAGACACCACCAUCCAGGAGACGGUGAAGGCCAGCCCCAAGAUGCAGUGCUUCUCUGCCACCACGCGAGGGUCCUUCUACCCUGGGACCGGGUUUGCCUUCUACAGCCUGGACUUCGCUCGGACCCCCGCGGACGCCGGCACGGACACAACCUGGCAGAUAGAGGUCAAGGCUCGGAUCCGCCCUGCCACGGACACAGGUGUGCUGCUCGCGCUGGUGGGCGGUGACCACGUGGUGGCCCUGUCCGUGGCCCUGGUUGACUACCACUCCACCAAGAAGCUCAAAAAGCAGCUGGUCAUCCUGGCCGUGGAGAGCGUCACCCUGGCCCUGAUGGAGAUCAAGGUCUGUGACGGCCAGGAGCACCGUGUGGCCGUCUCCGUGCGCAAGCAUGAGGCCACCCUGGAGGUCGAUGGCACCAAGGGCCGGAGCGAAGUGAGUGCGGCGCGCCUGCAGGAGCUCCUGGCCACGCUCGCGACGCACCUGCAGGGCUCGGUGCUCACCUUCGUGGGCGGACUGCCAGAUGUGCCCGUGACCGCAGCACCAGUCACGGCCUUUUACCGUGGCUGCAUGACGCUGGAGGUCAACCGGAAGGUGCUGGACCUGGACGAGGCCGCCUACAAGCACAGCGACAUCACGUCCCACUCCUGCCCCCCCGUCGAGCAGGCCACCCCCUAGGCCGGCAGGAGGAGGGACGGCCGGUCCCCCCACCCCCAGCGAGAGCAGCUGUGGACAUUGUGCCCCCCGCGGGCCGAGGUUCCUCCGAGACUGUUCUGUGCCUGUAACAUACGUGUACAUAGCUGAGGAGCUGAUGUCGGCCGCAUGAAGCCACGGCCCCGGCCCCAGUGGAGACCGGGGCUGCACACGCCGGAGCGGACCCAGGAAAAUAAUUCUCUUAUUUUAUUACCAAAGCUGCUUUCUGGCCUAAAAGUAUGGAAAAAUAAAAUAUUUAGAGAACCCUUCUUAA